UGACGAUAUAAGUCAAAUAUUCCACGAUCAUGCGAAUCGUAUGAUUAAUAAAAUGUCAGAAUUUCAAGAAAGAGAUUCUGGUUGGGCUUUAGACAAAAUCGUAUAGCUCAAUAUAAAUCUAUAUAAAGCUAAUUUAACUCGUAGCUCCCAGUUCUUGAAGACACCAUUCUCUUUAUCAAAAAAGAAUGCCUGUCUUACACUAGAAAUCAAAUUGUGUAUUGUGGCAGCUUUAUCGGAACCAGCAGCAGCAUGUGAUAAAACUAAUCCGCAAUCAUAUAAUAUUAAUAUAACCGAAGAUAUUAUAUACUUGCCAUCCGGGAAGAUAUUGAAUUUUAGAGGACUUACUUUCCCUAUGGCGAUACAAAAUAUCAAGGAUUUUGAGGCUAAUAAUGAAGAUAUAAGUAUUAAUGUCUUCGGCUAUGAUGGAAAUCAGAUAGUUGGACCCUACUAUCUUACCCCAAAACGAAGGAAUCAUCAUAUUAACUUGAUGCUUCUUCAUGAGGGCGACAAGUUCCACUACAUAUUGAUUAUGGAUAUGUCACGGUUAUUACGUUCGCAGUUGACAGCACAUAAAGGUAGAUCAAUCAUUUGUGAUGGUUGCAUACAAAGUUUCACCACGGAAGCCGUAUAUGAAAAACAUGAGAAGGAGUGUGUUGGGGUCGUAACGGAUAUGCCAAAGGAGGGAGAAAACAUCAUUCGUUUUAAAAACUAUCACAAAAAAAAGAGAGUACCAUUUGUGGUCUAUGCUGAUGCCGAAUGUAUCCUAGAGGAUUGGAACCCGGAGAACCUCAACACAAACACAGAUACGAUGUCUUACUAUUGGCUAAUGUGUUCGAAAACUUUCGAAGUUUAUGCCUCCGUCACCAUGUACUUGAUCCUUGCCAGUAUUUCACAGUGCCAUCACUAUCUUGGGACGCCAUGUUUCUGUUCACGGGUGUUGAAUUAG